UCAAAGCCGUGUGACUUUUAACACUCUGCCACCACCCAACGUCUUCAAUGCCGCUUUAAAGAACACUUCAAUUCAUCUGCCUCCUUUCUCUUUCAUUCCAUUUCCUUAUAAUACUAAGCCAACGCUAAACCAAGGCCACUCCAAACUCCCUUUUAUGCCCAUUCAUGGCUAAAGCGGCGUCGUGUUGGAAGAUAUCCCGCAAGUUUUUUGUUCUUCUGGGUUUGUUUCUUCCGGCCACGGCGGCCUUAUCCUUCGGUUUCUAUUCUGCCACGUGUCCUGUGGCGGAGUUGAUUGUAAAGAAUGCCGUCAGAUCGGCUUCCUCCGAGGACCCCACCGUCCCCGGGAAGCUCCUCCGAUUGAUGUUCCAUGACUGUUUCGUCGAGGGGUGUGACGCUUCUAUAUUACUUCAAGGAAACAAAACAGAACGAACUGAUCCAGCAAACAGAUCUCUUGGAGGAUUUGAAGCGAUCGAUUCCGCUAAAAGAACUCUAGAAUUUUUUUGUCUCGGAAUUGUUUCUUGUGCCGACGUCAUUGUUUUGGCCGCUAGAGAUGCCGUUGAAUUCGCCGGCGGGCCCUCCGUCGAAGUCCCAACCGGCCGACGAGAUGGAAGGAUAUCGGCGGCGACAAACGUCCGACCAAACAUCGUCGACACAAGCUUUUCAGUCGACCAAAUGAUGAGUCUCUUCUCAUCAAAAGGGCUGUCGGCAGACGAUCUUGUCAUACUCUCAGGAGCUCACACAAUCGGAACCGCCCACUGUAGCGCCUUCAGCGACCGCUUCAGAAAGGGUCCAAACGGGCAGAUGACCCUCAUCGACGCUUCUCUCGACGGCACUUACGCCAACGAGCUUAUGCGGCGGUGCCCCGCCGGAGCCGCCUCCACCGUCGUCGUUGACAACGAUCCGGCGACGGCGAAUGUCUUCGACAAUCAGUACUACAAAAACAUUCUGUCGCACAAGGGGCUGUUUCAGUCGGAUUCCGUUCUGAUUAGCGACGGCCGGACCAGGGCCCACGUGGAGAGAUUUGCUAAGGAUCAGAUUGGGUUUUUUGAGAACUGGGGUCAGUCGUUCUUGAAACUUAGUAGUGUUGGAGUUAAAAGUGGGGGCGAAGGGGAAAUUAGACUGUCUUGUUCUACUAAUAAUGUCUGAUAAU